AUUUGAAUAAGUGAGCUGACCCAAUUUUACAAUAUGAUACAAAGGAUAAACGUCAUAAUAGGAAUUUCUUUGGAUUUUUGUGAUGUGCAACCUCAUAUUAAACAAUUCAAUGCGCGGUUUCAGAAUAUAACAACUGUGUUCAUCUUGGCUGAAAUGUCUGGCUUUAAGAUAUAAAAUGUUAUUCAAGCCUUCCACGAUCGAAAAUUAACUUGUGACUGUCUAAGAAUGGAAAACUACUCCGAAUAUCUUUUGCAGCAUGUAAAACACAGGAUUAACUUAAACCCAACUCCAAAAGCAGAAGCUGUGAUUGUUGAUUGUUACAAUUACUGGAAGCAACCUCAUAUAUCAGUGAGGCAAGAGUUAACUUAAAAUUGUUUGUGAGCUCCCAGCACGUCAAGAAGUAACCUUGAUUUGUUAGACCGAUAUGUAUACUCUAAUGCUAAUCAAAAGUUGAUUCAUAAGAAACUCAUCUACUGUUAUCUUAUUUAUUAUUAGAUAUUAAUAUUCCUUUAAAUUUUAUGGUUUUGAAACAGCAAUAAACUGAGUUCUUUUUUAGUUACUGAGGUAUACUUUAUUAAAGGAAGAAAAUAUCCAAUAAUGAUAAUCGAUGGCUAUGAAUUCAAACUACAAGUAAGGAAACCCAGAACAAGUGUUUGGAGAUGUACCCAAGAGUGUACUUACAAAUGCAAAGUACGAGUGUCCACCAGUGGGCAACGAAUUAAUAUUAAAGCAAUUGAACACACUCACGCAAGAACUUUCAAAGGAAACUAUGAGGGUUUGAGACCGAUUCGUGUUUAUACAACUUAUUGUGACAAAUUAGGGGCAUUUUGAACCAGUUAAAAUAACAUCAAAAAUUACGAAAAUUAAGUUACAAGUUACAUUCGAGAUAACGAAAAGCAAAUAAACACGAGUUUUUGGAAUGGAUUUAUUAAUAGCGAUAUUUGUGGAUAUUUAUCCUGUGGUAUCCGUAUAACAUAAAAUCUAAAUAUAUGAGGUUAGAAAGUGACGCUGUCAUAGCAUAAAGUCAGAGAUCGCGUGUUUCCCAAUCACCUAGUGUCAAGUUAACAGAAAAAAAUAACUAAAGAAAGUUAUUCGCGUAAACAAAGUUUUUUUUUUAUCGUUAUAAAUUCUGACCCUCCUCUUUCAAGGUAGUGCGCGUGCCUAAAACCGAAAUAGCCACAAAAAUCGUUAUUAAAGAUGAUUUUUACCUAUUAAUGUAUAGAAACAUCUGCUUAUGUAACAGUUGAAGUAUCUUGGGAAAUAUAUAUAUAUUUUGUGAAUUAUUUUUCUAUGUUUGCCUUUUAUUUUUUAUUUUUUUUUAUUCUUGAUUUCUAACUAUUUUUUUUUUUUAGAUUUGCCGAAAACUCUUCUGAAGAAAAUGAAUGUAAAAUUGAGCUGCAUGCAAGCAGAAAUAUCGAGACUAACCUACAUGGUCACAAAUAUCAAUAGAGCAGUCACAAAAGAAAAAGUAGAAUUGGACGAUUUUGGUGUAAUUUUUCCUUUGAUGUCAACCGAUCAACUAGAUAUUUUGGAACAGUUGCUGAAUGAUCCAGAAAAAUAUAACAAUCUGGUGGAAUAUAUUAAACAAAUCGGAGGAGGUCACUUAAACGAUAUCACUCAUAGAGCCAUGCAACGAAUUAUGGGAAAUUGUUUAGGAUCUAUGUUUAGCUGGCUUGGUCAAAAAGGAAAAAUAGCACUGAGGCCUUUCAAAAUAGCUUCUGUUUUUAAAGCAACCAUCUACUUUUUCACCAAACGAAAAAAUCCGCAGUUAUUAUUAGACAAUCACCUUUUCCACGUGAAGAAUUAUAGAAGUACUCACACAGUGUGGACUUGCUCCAAGGAAUAUACCAAAUGUAAAGUAAGGAUUCACGCAUCCGAAAAUAAAUUUGAAGUCAGGUAUUUGCCCCAUACUCAUAAUGCUACCUUUGCUGGACCGACUGGACAAUUCGAAUCUCAAAUCGUUAAUAUUAAAUAUUUGCAAUGUGAUGGAUUUUAGUGGCAUGCAGACGUUUUAAAUAAAAAUUU